AUGUCUGCCAUUGGAACCCUCGUCUUCUGCCACGACUGCGGCAACUUGCUGCCCGCGUCCAUGGGCACCGAGAAGAACAUUCUGGUCUGCGACUGCUGCGGCGCCGAGAACAAGGACACCGGUUCCAAGACUAUCAUUACCCAGACCAAGCCCUCCGACUUUCCCUCCCAGCUGCGACAGAAGCUCCAGUCGAACGUCCAAGCCGUCGACAAGAACAUUAACACCGAGGCCACCAUCAAGGAGACAUGCCCCAAGUGCGGAAGGGAAGAGGUCCGCUUCACGGCCGUCCAGCUGCGCAGUGCAGACGAAGGCAGCACCAUCUUCUUCACCUGCGACUGUGGCUUCAAGUAUGACCCCUUUUACCACCGAAGACGUUCGGGAUCGAGUGAGAGACGAAAUGCUGACGAUUUCCAGAUGGUCUCAUAA